AGCUGAUCAUGAAUGGCAGAAUCGAAGAACCAUCUAUCUCGUCGUGAUGAUUGAGGUGAUCCUGAACGACCGCUUGGGCAAGAAGAUCCGGGUGAAAUGCAACGAAGAUGACACCGUGGGUGACCUGAAGAAGCUCGUCGCGGCGCAGGUGGGAACCCGCCCGGAAAAGAUUCGCAUCCAGAAAUGGUACACCAUCUACAAAGACCACAUCACACUCGAAGACUACGAAAUCCAUGAUGGCAUGGGCCUCGAGCUAUACUACACAUAAGUCGGCGAGGCUUGCUGCUGUCCCUGCAUCGAUCUACAUAAACCCCUUCAAUAUACUCGCUAGGACAGACAUGCCUCGUUUACUUGCGCC